AUGACUCCAGGCUCUGUUAUACCUGAUAAUAAUAGCGACAAUAACCUGCCUAAUCUUAACAAUAUUCUGUCACAGGAUGAAACUGAUUAUUUACUUUCUCAUUUCGAGACCUAUCGCAAAUAUCUGAGAUGUCCUAAUUGCGAGAAAAAAGGUAUUUUCCGUCGAAACGGUUCUACUAAAUCUGAGCUUUCACAACCUAUUUUCCGUUGCACUGGUUGUGGCAGUAGCUUCCGAGCCAAAACUACGUUGAACAUUUCCAACUUCUGGUGGAUUUCCUUGCGCGUGAAGUGUACACCAAAAGAAAUUACGAUCGAGAAUUUUGUAAGUUCUGAAGUAACUACUGAUGAUAUUAAUCGUAAUAUCACUUCUUCUCCAUCGUCGUUCUUUCCAUCUGAUCUGAUAUAUGCACCAGUUGGCUAUAUUUGCAGAGUCAAGAUGUGCGAGUUUGAGGAUGUUUCUGAUAUUCCUCUUCCUAUCCCUAAUUCCCAUUUUGCUGCCUUGGUAACUGGCGCCAAGAAAAAAUUUGGUGAAAGCCCAUUGUUUCCUACAGACCGUCUCAUCCAUUUAUAUGCCCCUGCCAUUUUAAGUCUAAUAACCCUUUCUUAA